GCGGCGCGGUGGUGUAUUUUAUUUUGUAUGUUUGUGACUGCAAGUUGUCAGGAUUACGAAUUGAAUAUUGUACAUUAUAAUGACUUCCAUGCGAGAUUCGUGGAGACCAGUCCAGCCGGUACCGUCUGUAACCCAUCCGACGAGCCAUGUAUCGGAGGCUUCGCCAGGCUGACCACCCUCAUACGAGAGGCCCUGCAGCGGGAACCUGAGUCCCUGGUCCUCAACGGAGGGGACAGCUUUCAGGGUACCAUCUGGUACAACCUUCUCAGGUGGAACGUGACCCAGGAUUUCAUGAAUAUGGUGCACCAUGACGCUCAUGUACUAGGAAAUCACGAGUUCGACAAUGGUAUAGAGGGAGUAGUUCCAUAUUUGAAAGCACUGGAAGCGCCAGUCGUCACAGCCAACAUUAUAGACGAUGAUGAACCUACUAUACAAGGGUUAUACGAGCCUAGUAUCAUUGUUGAGAAGAAUGGCAGAAGAAUCGGUAUCAUUGGAGUUAUUAUCGCUUCUACUAAUGAGCUGGCAUCAACAGGACAACUGAGGUUUACUGACGAGGUGGAGACAGUUCGACAGGAGGCUGAGAAGCUACACGAGCAGGGCGUAGAUAUUAUCGUCGUACUGUCACACUGCGGGUUGGAUAUUGACAGGAAUAUAGCCCUGAACGGUGGUCCAUACAUCGACAUCAUAGUCGGUGGUCACAGUCACACGCUGCUCAGCAACGAGGAACCACCAGUGGGGUCCGUGUUCACCCCCGCCGGACCGUACCCUGUGGUUGUCGAGCAACCCACUAGAUCGGUGCUGAUAGUGCAGGCCGCGGCACACACAGCAUAUUUGGGCGAAAUAAAAUUAUAUUUCAACGAAAACGGUGAGCUUCUGAGUUGGAACGGAAACCCACAUUAUGUUUCGAAUGAAAUAGAACAAGCACCUGACGUCCUAGCUAAGGUGAACGAAUACCUGCCUAUGAUCAGCGAGCUAGCCAAUGAGAAGGUGGGGUUCUCCAAGGUCCACCUAUCAUCUUCCUGUGCAUGUGGGGAGUGUAACCUGGGCAGCUUUAUAUGCGAUGCGUUUCUACAUUCCGUGUUGGACCGUGCCGAAGGAGAUGCCUGGAGCUACGCCCAUCUGUGUGUGAUCAACCAGGGCGGAAUACGAGUGGACAUAGCGCCAGGAGACGUAACCUUCGAGAGUUUGUUACUAUCGACACCUUUUGAGAACAACGUGGAAGUCUUCGACCUGAAGGGCGAGCAUAUCCUAGAGUUGCUCGAAUUCUCCGUGGCUAACGACCCCUAUCCUGGGGGGAGGAUGGUGCAAAUUUCAGGGUUGCGGGCUGUCUUCGACGGUUCCAUGCCUCUGAACUCUCGAGUCCUGAACGCGACUAUCCGCUGCAUUGAGUGCGAUGUACCGCGGUAUGAACCGCUGGACGCAGACAGAUAUUAUAAGGUCGUCUCGCAGACUUUCAUCGGUGAAGGUGGUGAUGGUUUCACGAUGAUAUCAAAUAACCGUCGCAACGUGGAAGUCAUCGGUGUUGACUACGACGUGAUCCUCCAGUACAUGCGGCGAGAGUCGCCCAUCAUCAGGGAUUUGGACGGCCGCAUACAGAUCACCGACCCAUGUCUCGGCAACUAGUGUUGCCACAGAACAUAUAUUUUGUUGCUGCUAGUUUACAAAUGCUGCUGCGAUAUUAGUGUGGCCAGUUUACAAAAUGUUUCGAGAUACCAAGAAAAGGUUUAAAUUACGAAAUAAAUGGUAAUAUUACUGUACUGUUUAUUUUUUUCUUAGGUUAGACAGAUCUAUGUAAUUUCGUCACGUUAUGU